AUGAUUCGUGCCUCCUCAGAGCGAGUGGUGGGCCGGCAUGGCGGCUCCUCCGCCUUACGAGCCACCCUGUCCUGUGCGUCCCUUGCUUCGAGCGGGCUCUUCACCGAGACGCUCAUGUCCCGCCGCAGCGCCCGGAGCGCCUCGCUGUCGCCCGCACCCAAGUCACGAGGACACGGGCGGUGCUCCUCGCCUCGGCGUUUCGCCUCGCGGCACGUGCCGACAGCUGCCGAGGAACUGGCCCAGCAUAGCCAGGUAUUGGAGCCCUCCGUGAUCAAGCGCUUCGACGGCUUGAUGAGGCACCUGAAACGGAACACCGACAAGCAGGACUUCGAAAAGCAGGUGUUGGCCUCGCCGUCCGACGUCCUCGUGCCCGAGGAGUACGACGAGGUGCUCCGAGGGGAGUUCUCACGCCACUGCAGCUUCGGUGAACGGCUGAACACGGAGCUGAUGCAUUCGGGGAAAUGGGUGAAGAUGCUGAAGGAGCUCGGCUUUGUACCUGGGCCUGGCAAAGCCAAAGGACCUUGCUUGUCUUCACUCGCAGAUGCAGACAUCAUCUUCCAGAGAGUGCUUCACGACACAGACUACGGGGGUAAGCGCCUGACAUAUGAUUUCUUCUGCAAGGCACUUUGCCUGGUGGCAGUGAAUAUGUAUCCCAACAUGGACUGGGAGGCCGCCAUGGGCGAGCUGCUGCAGCGCAUCGCCUCGGCGGCCGAGGAGUUUCAGGAGCAGUCGACGUCCAACGAGCCUGCCGACUUCUCGCUUGAUCCCAAUGUCCUGCUCGUGCUGGAUCACUUUAAGCCCAAGCUGCACGACCUCUUCGGCUCCUUUGCGAGGCGCCAGCUCCCGAGCCCCAUGGAUGCCAGGACUGGCACAGGCACGACGCGUCUGAAGGAGCGCUCGAUCUGGAAGCACACGCAGGACACGAUCUUUGCCUCCAGAGCUUCCUCUUGCAUGUUGGGAGGUACCAUCAGGGAUGAUGCUGAUCCUCCUGAGAACCAGGACGAGGCCAUGAGCCCAGGGCUGCCGGCAGUGAAGGCCGAGCCCCACAUUGCUACGCCAAAUGUGGGGGGGCAGACGCCAAGUCUGUCACAAUUGGCCAACACACGCAGUUGCCACGCUGCAGUCGUCGCACUGUCGUUCAAUUCUGCCCAGCAAUUUCAUCCAGGAGGUCGAUGGCGAGGCCAACGAAACGGCUGCUGA